AUGGCGCCCAUCAAGUCCUUGGCGCUGUGGGCGACCCUCGCCACAGCUCGAUCCGUACUGCACUUCAAUGUCCGACAAGAAGGACAAGCCCCCAUCCCCUUUGCCACUGAUAUUUGCUCCAACGGCGGCAUAUGCGUUGGUGGCACCUGCACACCCAACACCAUUGGCAUCGACCCGGCCAACUGCGGCGGUCCAGGUGACGCUUGUCAGUCUGGAGAGCUGUGCGUUGCCGGAUCCUGCAUUCCCCUCAACUUCACUGCACCCGGAGGCCCUGACUGCGAUGACUCGUGCGGUGUCGGCCAGGUGUGCGACAGCGACAAUACAUGCAAGCCUAUUCAAGUCGCGGUCGAUCCUACACGCUGCGGCAUCGACGAGACAACUUGCGCCGCCAGUGAGCUUUGCGUCAACGGCGUCUGCUUUCCACUCAACCUUGGCUCAGAUGCCAACAGCUGCGGUGACCCAGCCGUGGCUUGCGAACCCGGUAACUGGUGCUUGGAGGGCGAAUGCACUCCCUUCACCAUUGGCACGGACUCUGCUGUUUGCAACUCUUCGGCUGAUUGUCCCCUCCGGGCGAGCUGCAAUGAUGGCGUGUGCGCCAGCUUGAGUGUCGGCACAGACUCGAAUCACUGUGGCCCUGAUCGCGUGGCAUGCGCGACCAAUGAGCUAUGUAUUUUCGACGCCUGUGAGACACUCGAACUCCCACCUGCGGAGGACGACGACGAGGACUGUGGCAGCGAUGGCUGCGGAGCUGGCUCGAUUUGCUUGAAUGGCGAGUGUACCCUCAUCUCGAUUACCACGGACCUCUCAGCCUGCAACUCAGGCGAACCCUGCGAGGACGGCAAUGUGUGUAUUGCGGACAUCUGCGUUCCCGAUCUGCUGUCAGAAGAGUCCGAAUCGGACCCCGCCGUGGAGGUAUGUCAGGACCCGGAUGGCGAUGAUGGCAAUGCGACGCCCAGUCUCCGCAUUGACGCCUCCAAUGGCGCGGAGCCCGGCAACUCGGACCCUUAUAGUGCUGGCGGCUCUGGCUCUGGCGGUGCUGGUGGCUCUGGCGCUGGUGGCUCUGGCGCUGGUGGCUCUGGCGCUGGUGGCUCUGGCUCUGGCGGUGCUGGUGGCUCUGGUGCUGGUGGCUCUGGCUCUGGCGGUGUUGGUGGCUCUGGCGCUGGUGGCUCUGGUGCCGGUGGCUCCGGUGCUGGUGGCUCCGGUGCUGGUGGCUCUGGCGCUGGUGGCUCUGGCGCUGGUGGCUCUGGUGCUGGUGGCUCUGGCGCUGGUGGCUCUGGUGCUGGUGGCUCUGGUGCUGGUGGCUCUGGCGCUGGUGGCUCUGGCGCUGGUGGCUCUGGCUCUGGCGGUGCUGGUGGCUCUGGUGGCUCUGGUGCUGGCGGUUCUGGUGCCGGCGGAGAUCCUCAAGGAGGUGACUCAGGCGGCGGCAAUGAGAACGACAACGGCGGCGGUGACAAUGGAGACGGCGGCAACGGAAAUGGCGACAACGGCAACGGCAACGACAACGGCGACGGCGACGAUGGAGAUGGUGGGAAUGGUGACGGCGGCAACGAAGACGGCGGCAACGACAACGACAACGGCGGCGGUGACGAUGGAGACGGUGGCAAUGGUGACGGCGGCAACGGUGACGGCGGCAACGAAGACGGCGGCAACGGAGACGGUGGCAAUGGAAUCCCCCCUGGCGGUCCUCAGUGCGACCCGCCGUGCCCAGCCAACUCCAUCUGCCGGGCUGGCAGCGAUCCCAGUGCCCCUGGGAGCUGCGCCCCCAUCACCGAUCCUGAGUCCUGCGGCGCCGUAUUGCCCAGCCGCUUGUUCUUCUUCCGUCGUCAAGAGAAUGGCGUUUGUCCGGCUGGGACCACCUGCGUCGACGGCUCCUGCGUCCCGAUCACGGGCCCUGAGAACUGCGGCGCGGAGGGCCGAACCUGCCCUGACGGCUUCCUUUGCAUCUUGGACAAUUGCGUCCCACAGGGCGAUCCCAGUGACUGCAAUGGCGACACCUGCGAAGACAGUGAGAUCUGCAUCGGAGGUCUCUGCACACCAGUACCCCUCUCGGACAACUGUGGUGGCGACGACUGCUCCGACGACGAGAUCUGCCUUAACAACAGCUGCGUGCCUGAUACUCCACCGCCUGAUACUUGCGGUGGCCAAUGCUCUGGUGACGAGACUUGCGUGCUGGGUGUCUGCGUCCCUGACACCAUUCCACCGGUGACCUGCGGUGACACGACAUGCACGAGCACCGAGAUCUGCGUCGACAAUACGUGUGUGCCCAACACCACACCGGGCGCCUGCAAUGGCCAGACCUGCACUGCCGACGAGACAUGCUUCGAGGGUGUUUGCGUGCCAAACAACGCCGGUGGCACUUGCGGUGGUGCCACUUGUGAUGAUACCGAGACUUGCAUCAACAACGUGUGUGUGCCGAAUGGCGGCGGUGGCCAAUGCGGCGAUACAACCUGCACUGACCAGGAGACCUGCGUCGGAGAUAUCUGUGUGCCAGUAAGCACUGGAGAUUGCGGCGGCACAACAUGUCAAGGAACCGAUAUUUGUGUCAACGAUGUUUGCGUACCGUUGACUGGUCCCAGCGACUGCGCCGACGAUCCUUGCGGCGACGGCGAGACCUGUGUCAACGGUGUUUGUGUGCCCGAUGCAACUGACAGCUGUGGCUCGAGCACCUGUGAGGCUGGUGUCGAAAUCUGUGUCAACGACCAGUGCGUGCCCAACAACCUCCUCUGUGGUGGGACAGCCAUUUGUCAAAGCGACGAGACAUGCGUCGACGGCGCCUGUGUGCCUGGCCUGUGUGGCGGGCAGACCUGCGGCGCUGAUGAGACGUGCAUCAACAGUGUCUGCGUGCCUGACCAAGCCCCGGAUCUCUGCGGAGGGGACACUUGCACAUCGGACGAGCUCUGCGUGGACGACGUCUGUGUACCUCGUUCAGACCUCUGCGGUGGCAUCCUCUGCCCGGACGGCACCGCUUGCGACAGUGAAGUCUGUAUUCCUAUUGAUGAUCCCGACGACUGCGACGGCGCUACAUGUAGCGACAUUGAGAUUUGCCUCAACGGCCAAUGCGUUCUCUCUGACCUCCUGUGUGGCUCCAUCAUCUGCAGUCCCGACCAGACGUGCGCCGGCGAUGUUUGCAUCGAUGUCGGUGAUCCGACGGAUUGCGGUGGCGCACAGUGCACCACUGCGCAAGUUUGCCUCAACGACCAGUGCGUCCUCUCUGAGCUCAUCUGCGGAACCGACACGGUCUGUGAGACAGAUGAGACUUGCGUCGCCGGGCAGUGUAUUCCAGUGGACACGUCUUGCGGGGACUGCUCUCCACCCAACAUCUGCUUCGGCGGCGAGUGUGUCCUCCCGGAUCUCAUCUGCGGCGACGUCGUGUGCCUGGGUGACCAGAUCUGCCAGGAUGGCGCAUGUUCACCUAGUGGCGGCGGCGGUGAGACCGGUUCCUGUGACGAUGUCACUUGCCCGGAUCCUCUCGAUGUCUGCUUCCAGGGCGAUUGCGUUCUUAGCACCAAUCUCUGUGGCACUCCCCCGGUCCUCUGCGGACCUGAUCAGACUUGCGAAAACAGCCAAUGCGUUGACAACGGCGGCGAGACCGAUCCUUGUGAUGGUGUCACCUGCACUGACCCCGAGACAUGCUUCGAUGGCCAGUGUGUCGACUCCGACCGUGUGUGUGGCUCAGAUCUGUGCAGCAUUGCCCAGAUUUGUAACUUUUUUGCGAAUGCAUGUGUCGAUAUCUCGACUGGAGGUCCCUGUGGCGAAGAAACGUGCAGCGAUAUCAGCGUGUGCCUGUUUGACCAGUGUGUUCUCAACGCCCGUGUCUGCGCCGACGUCCUGUGUGCCGAGGGCGAGAUCUGCGGUGAAGACAACACUUGCACCGCCGCUGUCAGCGUGCCAGGGGAUGUGCAUCUUGAGCGCCCGCAUUUGCCUUGGUACGGGACAAGUGUGCCCUGA